AUGGAAUUUUACGGAAAAUAUUUCUUGCAUGCACUUCGCACUACAAAUGAGUUGGAGUUAAUGCAGCUGAAGCAAAAGAAUAUGUCGGUUGCUGACUAUACCCGUGAAUUCGACAACCUGUGCUAUUUCUCAAGAGUUUGUCAAGGAAAUCCAGUCGACUAUGAGGAGUGGAAGUGUGCUCAGUAUGAGAAAGGACUUAGGAGAGACAUCUUUAACUACGUGUAUCCGCAAAGGGUUGUUACAGAAACUGCUCCAGAUGAGCCACAUAGGGCCGGACUAGGUGGAUGUUACAAGUGCGGGAAGCCGGGGCAUAUGACUCGAGACUGUCCACACAAGAAAGGCCGGGAUGCAGCCGAAUUCGAUUGUCAGACCCAAGUGAUGUCUUUCGGAUUAACUAAUGCUCCAGCAGUAUUCAUGGAUUAUAUGAACAGAAUUUUCUGGCCGUACUUGGACAAGUUUGUUAUUGUCUUCAUUGAUGAUAUUCUUAUCUACUCUAAGACUGGAGAAGAGCAUGCUAAUCACUUGCGAACUGUGCCACAAAUUCUAAAAGACAGCAAGUUGUACGCUAAGUUGUUUAAAUGCGAGUUUUGGAAGAAUAAGGUAAAGUUUCUCAGUCACGUGGUGAGUAAGCAGGGAAUAGCCAUGGAUCCUGCUAAGGUAGAAGCAGUGAUGAAAUGGGAGUGA